AGUCACAGUGUUGUUUCUUCUCACCUGCUGCUGCUGACAGCAAACCAGCAUGGCUGACUGACUUGACUUGGGAACUCAAAAGGAAAAGCAAGCCCCGGAGUCACUCAGAGUUGAGGCGAAAUGGCUCUCCGCAAAUCCCCCUCCUCUACCUGCGCAGAAACAUGGACCAAUGGUGCGAAGUACAUGCGAGCACUCAGCGAGUCUUCGUCCAUCCACAGCGACGCCCUGUACCACCUGACCAAGGACAUGUCCGGGAGGGGAUUGGACGCCAUGUCCUACGGCGUCCUGGAGCCUGCGUCUUGUAAAGAAGAACCCUUGGCUGAGGAAUCAGAAAGUUUGUUGAAGCGCAACAGCAUGCAGAGUGAAGACAAGAUCCCAGUCGUGGGCUCACCUUCAAGCCCUCAGGGCAGCGGGGAAGGCCUUUACUUCUACGACGGCAGACGGAAAGUUGACUACGUUCUGGUCUUCCACCAGCGACGGCACGGCUCCAUACGAUCUCGCGCCAGCUUCUCGGUUUCGCACGACAGGCUAUCCAUCGUUUCCAAUGGCAACUUUCCUCCCUCGGUGGAAUCGGAUGUGGCGGCAGGAAGAGGAGGCAUACCGGGAGGCGAGGCUGCGAGUUCCGGCGACGUGUUCAUGGAGCUCGGAGGCUUGGGAGGGAACGAGCUAACGGAGCCCGCCGACCACGAGAUGCGUCUGAUCAGACAGGAGUUUGAAGCAAACCUGCUGGAGGCCGGCCUGGAGAUAGAGAGAGACAGAGAGUUAAAGACCCACGGCCCCACCUUCACUCGUCUCCAUGCUCCCUGGCCGGUGCUGUGUCGAGAGGCCGAGUUCCUCAAGAUCAAAGUCCCAACCAAGACGAGUUAUGAGCUGAAAGAGGAAAGUGGUUUUGGGUCCAGUAUGAGCACAAUGUGGAGGAAAAUGAACCAGCCUUUCCAGCCCAAACUACCGCAUCAGGACCAAGAACGCACCAAGUUUCUCACACACUGCUUCUCCAGGGACAAACUCCACCUGUACAACAUCACAUCUAAAGAGUCAUUCUUCGACAACGCCAUGAGGGGCCGAAUAGUAUACGAGAUCCUGAGACGGACGGUGUGCGUACGGACCUGUCAAACCAUAGGCAUCAGCACAUUGAUAGCUAAAGGAGUGUACGACGCUUCCUUCCCUCUUCACGAUGGUGACUAUAAGGUCAUCGGAGACCUCGAGGAGAGAAGCGACAGACAGCUUCUGCAUGACGAGUGGGCCAGAUACUCAGCAUUUUACAAGUACCAGCCCAUUGAUCUGGUCAGGAAGUACUUCGGGGAGAAGAUCGGACUCUACUUCGCGUGGCUCGGUGUCUACACUCAGCUGCUGAUACCGGCCUCCAUCGUGGGAAUCAUUGUGUUUUGCUACGGGGUGGCAACGGUGGAUACCAACAUACCCAGUCUGGAGAUGUGUGACGAGCGUCUCAACUUCACCAUGUGUCCUCUGUGUGACGGAGCCUGUGACUUCUGGCAGCUCAGCACGGCCUGCGGCACCGCUAGAGCCUCGCACCUCUUCGACAACCCCGCCACCGUCUUCUUCGCCAUCUUCAUGUCUCUGUGGGCGGUGUUGUUCCUGGAGCACUGGAAGCGCCGUCAGAUCAGUUUGAGCUUCAGUUGGGAUCUGACAGGCAUCGAGGACGACGAGGAACAUCCCAGGCCAAAAUACGAGACCAUCCUGCUUCAGAAGAGACAGAGGAAGCAGAAAAACAAGAAGAAGAAGAAAAAGAACGAGCUGGACCUGACCGUCAACAAUACCAAUGGAAAGCCAGAGAAGCAGGAGGACGGGACAGUGACAGGGAAGGACAGAUGGAGACAAAAACUGCUGUCUGCCAUGGCUGCAGGAAUACCGGCUGCCAUAGAGAAGUUGACCUGGAAAGACCGUCUUCCUGGAUACUUCAUCAACGUUUCCUCUAUCCUCUUUAUGUUUGGCUUGACGUUUUCAGCGGUUUUCGGCGUCAUCAUCUACCGCAUCACGGUGUCGGCCCUGAUGGCGAUGAGCCCCGACCCGGAGACCAAGUCCAAUGUUCGGGUGACGGUGACGGCCACCGCGGUCAUCAUCAACCUUGUGGUUAUUCUGAUCCUCGAUGAAAUCUACGGCGCCGUGGCGUUGUGGCUGACUGAGCUAGAGAUUCCUAAAACAGAAACCCACUUUGAGGAGCGUCUCAUCCUGAAAGCCUUCUUGCUCAAGUUCAUGAACGCAUACGCGCCCAUCUUUUAUGUGGCUUUCUUCAAGGGACGGUUUGCUGGUCGACCCGGAAAUUACGUGUACGUCUUCAAUGAUUUUCGGAUGGAAGAGUGUGCGCCAGGAGGCUGCCUCAUCGAGCUGUGCAUCCAGCUCAGCAUCAUCAUGCUCGGGAAGCAGCUGAUCCAGAACAACAUCUUUGAGAUCGGCAUCCCGAAGUUGAAGAAGCUGGUGCGUGCGAUAAAGGAUAAAGGGGCAGCGGAGAAGGAGAUGGAGGAGGAGAGGCCUCCACAGCAGUGGAACCUGGACUACGCCCUGGCUCCCUUUGAAGGCCUCACGCCUGAAUACAUGGAGAUGAUCAUCCAGUUUGGUUUCGUCUCUCUGUUCGUGGCUUCGUUCCCGCUCGCUCCGCUCUUCGCUCUGCUCAACAACGUCAUCGAGAUCCGACUGGACGCCAAGAAGUUUGUCACGGAGCUACGCAGGCCGGUCGCCGUACGCGCUAAAGACAUUGGUAUAUGGUACAACAUACUGAGUGGAAUGGGAAAGUUCUCCGUCAUUAUAAAUGCCUUCGUGAUCUCCUUCACAUCCGACUUCAUCCCUCGGCUCGUCUACCAGUACAUGUUCAGUCAGACCGGCACCAUGCACGGCUUCAUCGACCACACGCUCUCCUACUUCAACGUGUCCAAUUUUAAACCUGGCACGUCACCGCAGAACGCAGAGCAAGGAGACAUCACCGUCUGCCGGUACAAAGACUACAGGGAACCCCCCUGGUCUGCAGACGCGUACACAUUCUCCAAACAGUACUGGUGCGUCCUGGCUGCAAGACUGGCUUUCGUCAUACUGUUCCAGAACCUGGUGAUGUUCCUCAGCCUCGUGGUCGCCUGGCGGAUCCCCGACGUCCCCAAAACCGUCGUGGAGCAGUUCAAACGGGAGAAGAAGCUCCUGGUCGACGUCUUCUUGCGGGAAGAGAAGGAGAAAUUCCAGCUCAUCCGGAGCCUCUUCUCCAAGGACGCCAGCCUCCACCCGAACAGGCACACGCUCCACCCGAGCCACGGCCUGCCCGCCCCGGGCCGCUUCAGCACCCUCCCGCCGGGUCCGACGCAGGGCUCGGCCGGAGACGGAGGAGGAGUGCCGAGGGCGAGGUGUCGGGCCGCCAGCUUCAGCCAGUUCACCCCGAAUAUCCCACCAUCGCCCAGGAGUGAAAACGAGAAUUCGAGACACACGGCGGUGUGACAUCAGCCGGGGCCUCAGGACUGGAGAACAUGUUGCUUGGGUGAUUCGGUCCCUGAAUGUCUUUGCCUGUGUCUUUAGCGUUCUGAGUAGUGCUGUGAUUAAAAAAAAAUCACAGCAUCGUCUCGAACAAAUUAGAUUUUACUGGUCUCAGUGUGGUUGAAUGUGCAACACUAGUUGAAUGAGUGUGUUGUUCCUACUUGCGCCGACUGUUCACCUGAUAAAAGUGUUAUAUUAUUUUUACUUUUUGGUAAAAAUAACCGAUUUAGCGAGGCACACUUGCUUCAUAGCGUAGACAAGCAAUAAUUACAGUAUUAGGCUGAACAAUCGAAUAUUAAAGGACAUGGAAGAGACAGGAGAUAAAGAAAGAACUAUUAACAAAUGGACAGAUAAAGCGAUGAACAAUUGAUGGACACGGGCUCUUUACCUGAGCUGGGGAUUGUCCGAAUUUUCCUGCUUUUUGUGCUUAUGCUCUUUAUGUAUUUUUUGUUUUUAACAGAAUUUGUAGCAGCUUCAACAUUCCAUAUUUUCUGUACUUUUCAAGUAAAGGAUAAUGUACAGUGAGCCGGUUAUUAUUGAAAAAUAAACCCCGACGUGGUUUAUUUCACAACAAUGACCCGCAAGCUGUACAUUAUCCCGCUUAUUACACGGCUACUUAACU